AUCCUGUGAUUGUUGAUUAUGGAAGAAAUAAUGUAUUCAGGAUACACAACUUCAGCAGCCGAAGAUGAUCAUCAUCAAAAUGACAACAACAACCUAAUUUUACCUUUUUACGAAAACCAACACGGCUUUCAUCACUCAUCAUCUGAUCAUAGUUACUGGCCGCCGCCGCCGCCGUUGAUUUGCGGAUCAUCGGCUGAUGAUUUGUUAUCAGUCGCUGCUUCUGUUGUAACUGAUCGUUCGGUCUCUACUACUACUAAAUUUAACGGCUCGGAUGAUGAUGAUCGUGAGAUGAUGACGAUGAUGAUGACCAAGUAUAAAAUCGCGUCUCAUCCUUGUUAUUCCAAGUUGCUCGAUGCUUAUAUUGAUUGCCAAAAGGUAGGAGCACCUCCGGAAAUAUCAUGUUUGUUAGACGAUAUUCGUUUGGCUAAACGAAACAACGCGGAUACUUGUUUAUUAGGAUUUGAUCCCGAGCUUGAUGCAUUCAUGGAGGCCUUCUGCCAUGUAUUGGUGAAGUAUAAAUCUGAUCUCAUAAGGCCUUUUCAAGAAGCUACGGUGUUUCUAGGCAACAUUGAAACACAACUUCACAAUCUCACCAAAGAUGAAGGUACCAUUUCAUCAGAAGAAGAAUUUAGUGGAGGAGAGACGGAUAGAACACAGAUGAGCCAGGAACUGAAGGAAACGCUGUUGCGUAGAUUUGGAGGUCAAAUAAGCUCCCUAAAACAAGAAUUUACAAAGAAGAAAAAGAAAGGGAAGCUCCCAAAAGAGGCAAGGCAAACAUUACUUGACUGGUGGAAUUCACAUAAUAAAUGGCCUUAUCCUACUGAAGGUGAUAAGCUAUCAAUGGCGGAAACAACAGGAUUAGAUGCAAAGCAAAUCAACAACUGGUUUAUAAACCAAAGGAAGCGGCAUUGGAAACCAUCAGAAACCAUGCAAUUAGCAUUUAUGGGGGGUGGUCUUCCUGAGCAUCAUCAUAAUUAUGACGAUUAAAAACUAAUUAACACUCUCUUGCAUGCUUUCAUGCAUGUAUAUUCUCAGCUAAUUAA